AUGGGUGGUGAAGGGGGACGGAAUGAAAAGGACAAAAAGAAGGACAAGCCCAAGUACGAGCCGCCGCCGAGGCCAACCACCAGGGUCGGCCGCAAGAAGAGAAAGCAGGGCGGUACCAGCGCCGCCGCCAAGCUCCCUGCAGUCUAUCCCACCAGCCGAUGCAAGCUUCGCCUGCUCCGAAUGCAGCGAAUCCACGAUCACCUGCUCCUCGAAGAAGAAUACGUCGAGAACCAGGAGCGGCUGCGCAAGGCCAAGGCCGCCAAGGAGGGCCAGACUGCUGGCCCCGAUGGCGAUGUCGACCGGUUAGCCGACGAGCGUGGCCGCGUCGACGACAUGAGAGGAAGCCCGAUGAGCGUCGGCACCCUGGAGGAGCUCAUUGACGACGACCAUGCCAUUGUCAGCAGCACCACGGGCCCCGAAUACUACGUCAGCAUCAUGAGUUUCGUCGACAAGGACCUUCUCGAGCCUGGUGCCAGCGUUCUGCUGCACCACAAGAGCGUCAGCAUUGUUGGAGUCUUGACCGACGACGCGGACCCCAUUGUCAGCGUCAUGAAACUCGACAAGGCGCCGACGGAGUCAUACGCUGAUAUUGGUGGUCUGGAGCAGCAGAUUCAGGAAGUGCGAGAAUCAGUGGAGCUGCCACUGCUCCAUCCUGAGCUGUAUGAGGAGAUGGGCAUCAAGCCCCCCAAGGGCGUCAUUCUCUACGGUGCCCCUGGUACUGGAAAGACGCUUCUGGCCAAGGCGGUUGCCAACCAGACGUCCGCCACGUUCCUGCGUAUCGUAGGCAGCGAGCUGAUUCAGAAGUAUCUGGGAGAUGGUCCCCGAUUGGUGCGACAGUUGUUCCAGGUUGCUGGUGAAAAUGCGCCCUCCAUUGUCUUUAUCGAUGAAAUCGAUGCAAUUGGUACGAAGCGUUAUGAUUCUACGUCUGGAGGCGAGCGUGAAGUGCAGCGAACCAUGUUGGAGCUUCUCAACCAGCUGGACGGAUUCGACGACCGCGGCGACGUCAAGGUCAUCAUGGCGACGAACAAGAUCGAGACUCUGGACCCCGCGCUGAUCCGACCCGGCCGAAUCGACCGAAAGAUUCUGUUUGAGAAUCCCGACCAGAACACCAAGCGCAAGAUCUUCACCCUGCACACAUCCAAGAUGAACCUAAACGACGAUGUGGAUCUGGACGAGUUCAUCUCUCAAAAGGACGAUCUGUCUGGUGCCGACAUCAAGGCCAUUUGCUCAGAGGCCGGCAUGAUGGCUCUGCGUGAGCGACGCAUGCGGGUGCAGAUGGCAGAUUUCAGGGCUGCUAGGGAGCGUGUAUUACGUACCAAGCAGGAGGGUGAGCCGGAGGGUCUGUAUCUGUAA